AUGGCCGAUUCAUCACCAACAACUGAAAAUAAAAAACUCGAUGAUUUCUAUCAAAGUAUUCUAUCAAAAGAACCAACUGUUCGAUUAGAAUGUUUUUCUGCACUUGAAAAUUAUUUAUCUGAUGUAAACACAUCACUUGAAUGUGAAGACCUAACUGGUUUUAUUACUGGUUUAUUUAAAUGGAUUGAAGGCAGUAAUUUUCGAAUUGCUUAUAAUGGUCUUCGAGCAGUGGAAUUAUUAAUUGAUCGAUUAAAUUCAUAUGAAUUUGAAUGUUUACUUGAUAAUGUUGUAACUAUAACAGUUGAUCGAUUGGGUGAUGCCAAAGAUCAAGUUCGAGAAGCGGCGUCUAAUCUCCUUAUAAAAUUAAUGACAACCUUCACACCACGACGUAUUUGGGAUUUAAUACAACCAUUAUCAUUUGAUCAUAAACAAUUUCGUAUAAAAGAAGAAAGUCAACUUUUACUUAUAAGAUCAUUAAAUGAUAAGAAAAAAAGAAACCAAACGAUUGUUUUUUAUAUGAAUGGUCCAAUUUUACUCUGA